AUGAGAGUGAAAAAGCCUACGUCCAAAAGAUCGACAACCCGUAUGAAAGAGGGUAUCAAAAAGAAGGCUGCUGCUCAGAAUAGAAAAAACAGGAAAUUGGCUAAGAAAGAUGUUACUUGGAAAUCUAGGCAUAAAAAGGAUCCAGGUAUACCUGCAAGUUUCCCUUACAAGGAUAAGAUCAUUCUGGAGUUAGAGGAGGAAAGAAGAUUGGAGAAGGAAAGAAAAGAAGCACUUCGUUUGCAAAAACAGCAGGAACGUGAAGCUGCAUUGGCACGAGGAGAAACUAUUGAUGAGAUGAUCGAAGACGCAGAAGAAGAAGAUGCGAAUGAGGGUGGUUUGGGUGCAUUGUUAGAGUCUGCUCAACAGGCUGCUCGUGAGUUCGAUGGUGAAAUUGAUGGUGAUGAGAUGGAGGAGGACUCCGAUGACGAUGUUGAAUACGAUAUUAGCGAUGUUGAAGUGGACAGAGCUGAUUUGGACAAAUCCAGAAAAGCAUAUGACAAAAUUUUCAAGACAGUGGUGGAUGCUGCAGAUGUCAUAUUGUAUGUUUUGGACGCACGCGAUCCUGAGUCAACUCGUUCCAAGAAAGUGGAGCAGGCAGUUUUGCAGAGUGGAAACAAGAGAUUGAUCUUGGUUUUGAACAAGGUUGAUUUGGUGCCAACACCUGUGUUAACCAAAUGGCUUGACUUCUUGAAGCUGUCGUUCCCUACAAUUCCUAUCAAAGCUUCUCCGGGAGCUGUUGGUCUGAGCACAUACAACAAGAAUCUUUCAAAUGCCAUGACUUCUAACACCUUGUUACAAGCGCUCAAAAGUUAUGCUACCAAGUCCAACCUAAAGCGUUCUAUUGUUGUUGGUGUUAUCGGAUAUCCAAACGUCGGAAAGUCCUCGAUUAUCAAUGCAUUGACCAAUAGACAUGGCCAGCUGAAAGCUUGUCCUGUUGGAAACUUAGCUGGUGUUACCACUUCCAUGAGAGAAGUGAAGGUUGACAAUAAACUCAAAAUUUUGGAUUCCCCUGGUAUCGUCUUCCCAGAAGAGGUAUCCUCCAAGAAGAAUGUGUCUGAAGCAAAAUUAGCGCUUUUGUCAGCCAUUUCUCCAAAAAACAUCAAAGACCCUGUGUCUGUGGUCAAGCAUUUGCUCAAGAGAUUGUCUAAGGAUGAUACCAUGGCCGAUGCAUUGAAACAAUAUUACCUGGUUCCUCCAUUGCCUUCUUCUGACUUGGAAGACUUCACUAAGCAAUUUUUGAUUCAUGUGGCGAGAGCUAGAGGAAGAUUAAGUCGUGGAGGUGUCCCUAAUAUUGAGUCUGCAGCUCUCAAUGUUUUGAAUGACUGGAGAGAUGGCAGAAUUACGGGCUGGGUCUUGCCAAACUCUUCUAAAGCCCAGGCGGUCGAAGUGGACUUGGAUGCACCUAAGAGUGCUGCCAGAGGCGAGAAAGAGCCACCUAAGGUCGAAAAUACUACUAUUGUUACUCAGUGGGCGGAAGAGUUCGACUUGGGCGGCUUGUUGGGUGAAAACUUCGGUCUUUAG